AUGGAUCCUGCAUUAUCAAACUUUUUGAAGGGCAUACCAGCACUUACUAGUGAAAAGAAGACGUUACCAGAGACCAGUUCUGAAACGAACCAAAUGCACCAGCAAGAACGCCCUCAGUACCAACAGCAAUUUACCGUCCCUGUGGGUAAUAACCAAGUGGCUCAACAGCUAAUGGGUCUUGCAAGUAACCCGUUUCAGCAGAGACUGUAUGGUUCAAACCACAACCCGACCCAUAACUUAAUGACUCAUCAAAUGACCAACCCAUCAGUGCACCAGACGGUGGGUCCUGUGCAUAACCCAAUGCAGCAGAAGCUGAGCAGAAGCCACGGAAAUUCCAUCUUCAGUGCAUCAGAUGAUAAUGUGAUCAUGAAGCAAGUUAUCGACACCCAUCUCCCUGAUGGCUCUGAUGUAGAUGUUAAACCUCUUCUUAACAUUGUAGAAGACAUUCUCAAACAUUCUACGAUCAAUGCUGAUCCCAUUUCAUCGGGUGCACAUACAAAUGGAGAUAAACUUGAUCAUAAAUACCAUCAGUCUAAUGUCGUUGUCAUGCUCAAUUCACUGUCUCAUAUCAUUGACAAACUCGCAAGCGAGAUGGCAUUAAAAUGCUUAACGGGUGGUGAUGGGCAUACGACAGCCCUUGCACUUUUCCACACCGUUGGAAACUUUCACUGGGACGCAAAGUUGGUUCUAGCCCUCGCAGCUUUUGCUCUCAAUUACGGGGAAUUCUGGUUGCUGGUUCAGAUUUACUCAUCAAACCAACUUGCUAAAUCCAUGGCAAUCCUUAGACAAGUUCCAACAAUCAUGGAGCAUACAACUCCAUUGAAACCUCGGUUUGAUGCCCUUAACAAACUUAUUCACUCUAUUUUGGAACUAACACAGUGCAUUGUUCAAUUUAAAGAUCUUCCACCAAUGUACAUAACCCCUGAUAUGCCAGCCAUGGCCUCGGCUAUAAAUACCAUUCCUACUGCUGUUUACUGGAACAUCAGAGGUAUCAUUGCUUGUGCCUCGCAAGUUGCCAGCUUGACCAGCGUGGGCCAUGAGUAUGGGAUUUCAUCAACAGAAUUGCAAUCUUGGGAACUAUCCACCUUAAGUCUAAAGAUCAAUCACAUACAUGAGUUUCUCAGGCAGCAACUGGAAAGAUGCCGUAUUGUUGUUGGAGACAAGAAAGAAAUUGAAUUCAGGAACUCUUUCAAUCAUCUGUUUGAAACAGUUCAUAUUGAUAAUAUGAAAAUCCUGAAAAUCUUGAUUAGUCCAAGAGAUGAUAUACCACCACUCUAUGAUGGUUCUACUAAGAAGAGGGUCAGACUGGAAGUUCUGCGGAAGAGGAAUGUAUUGUUGUUGAUAUCGGGGCUAGAAAUGCACGGAGAUGAGCUUUCAAUUCUUGAGGAAAUUUAUAACGACUCCCGUAUUCAGGGAACAAGAAUGGAUGGUCCAUAUGAGGUUGUGUGGAUACCCAUAGUUGACCCGUCUGUACAGUACACCGAUGAAAUGAACGCAAAAUUUGAGGAGACAAGAAACAAAAUGCCAUGGUACUCCGUGUACCACCCCUCCAUCAUUGACAAGGUUGUUGUCAAGUCCAUUGGAGAUAGAUGGCAUUUUAGGAACAAAGCAAUUUUAGUAGUACUAGACCAACAGGGAAGGGAGUUGAGCCCGAAUGCUAUCCACAUGAUGUGGAUUUGGGGGACCAAUGCCUUUCCUUUCACCAGUAACAAAGAGGAACUAUUGUGGCGGGAUGAAACUUGGAGGCUCGAGUUGCUAGUCAGUAGCAUGGACCCGACCAUACUGAAUUGGAUAAGAGAUGACAAAUACAUAUUCCUGUAUGGAGGAGAUGACAUUGAGUGGAUACGCAAAUUCACAACCACAGCACGGGCUAUGGCAACUGCUGCACGCAUUCCAUUAGAGAUGGUAUAUGUUGGGAAAAGCAAGAAAAAGGAUCGUGUCAGACGGGCUAUUGCAACCAUCACUGUCGAGAAGCUUAGCUACUGCUGGCAAGAAAGUACACUAAUGUGGUUCUUUUGGACACGGUUGGAGAGCAUGUUAUACUCCAAGAUUCAACUACAAAAGGCCGAUGAUCAAGACCCCUUGAUGCAACAGAUCAAGAAACUGCUAAGCUACGACAAGGAUGGGUCGUGGGCUUUGUUCUGCAGAGGUUCAAAUAUCUUGACCAAUGGGCAUGGAACCACCAUGGUGCAAACACCGGCUGACUUUGACUUGUGGAAGGGAGAUAUUCCGUCAAAAGGCUUUGACUUGUCAUUUACCGAGUACCACAACAAGCUUCAUGUCGCAGCAAACAAUUGCUGCCGCUUUGAGUUUCCAAUUGCUGCAGGUAGAAUCCCUGAAGGUAUGCGGUGCCCAGAGUGUCAUCGCCUCAUGGAGAAAUACAUUGCCUUCCUUUGUUGCCAUGAUCAUGGAGGCCUUCUUGAUACCUAUUAAGCACU